AUGGAGAUCGUGGAGAGGGUCUUCUCUGUGGCCCAGGCCAUCCAUGCCCAGCUGGAGCAGGUGAAGUGCUGCAAGCACCAGUGCCAGCGCCUCGUGGAGCGCAUCCAGGUCCUGCUGGAGCCCGUCAGGAUCCUCAGGGCGCAGCCGCAAAAGCACAUCUCCCACCACGAAGAGGAACUGCUGUGGAAGCUGCUGCAGGCACUGGGGGAAGCCCAGAAGCUGGUGAUGAAAUACAGCCAGAGCAGCUGGAUCCAGAAGUUCCUGAGAGCUCGCAGCGCCGUCGAGGAGUUCGUCUGGGUGAACGAGAGCCUGGGGGACAUCGCCCAGGGGCUCUCCCUCCUGCUGCAGGCCGAGCAGAAGAAGGCUUUCCUGGAGGCUUUCCAGGCAAAGACCUGUCGCAGGCAGGAUGCUGAGGACCUGAGGGAUGACAGGGCCUUCUUGGACCAGGUGAUUGCAAGUACUGAGGAGCCUGAAGAUGUGGCCAGGGAGAUCCACACCAGCAGGCAAUGUAUGGAGAGCAAGGUAGACUGGAUGCAGAGCGAGCUGAACAAAAUCGUGCGGGUGAUGGAGAGCCUGAAGAAGGUCAACGUUGGGAAAAGAGAAGAUAUCACCGAGAUCCAGCGGGACCACCUCACCUUCUACAGGCACCUGCAGGCCACUGACACCUAUGACCUCUACGAGGGAGAGUACCUCAAGUACCCUGUGGCCAUCCAAACCUUCAAGAGGCCACUGACCACAGACCCUGUGAAGGUGAGGGACAUCUUUGUGAAGGAGAUCCAGACCCUGAAGAAGUUUGAGUCUCCCAACAUCCUGCGCAUGUACGGGAUCUGCAUCGAGGAGAAAGAUGGGAGCCCCUGCUUCUCCAUCGUCAUGGAGUACUGCAAGCACGGGACGCUGCGGGAUGUGCUGAGCGAGCAGCCUCAGCUCUCCUGGGAGAUCCGCAUCCGCAUGGCCCUGGGGGCUGCCAGAGGUCUCUACAGGUUGCACCAGACGGAGGAGAAGUCCCGACUCCACGGCUGCAUCUGCAGUAGCAAGUUCCUGGUGGCUGGGGAUUACUGUGUGAAGCUGUCAGGAUUCGAGCUGUGUGAAACGGAGUCGUCCAUCAAGAGGAGAGCCAAGAAGAACUGGAAUCAAGUCUCUAUGUUGGCUUACAUUGCCCCUGAGAACCUGAAUGACAUCAACUGCCCCUACAAGAGGCCCUGUGAGAUAUACAGCUUUGGGAUCGUGCUGUGGGAGAUUGCAACCUCCAAAAUCCCCUUUGAAGGCUGCACUACCCAGGAGAUCAUGGAGAAAAUCUGUAACCACCAGUACCAGGCCCCUGUUGGGGAUGAUUGUCCUGAAGCCCUACGGAAAGUCAUUGACCAGUGCCUAGCCUUUGACCCUUCCCAACGUCCUUCUGCUGAGGAGAUCGUGGACUCGCUGGCAGACCUGGAGAAGAGGAGAAACCAAGGAAGCUAAGCCAGGAGAACAGGGAUGUGUGACCCAAAGCAGCCAGGUGCCUUGGAGAGCAAGCCAGGGGAAAGCAGUGUGCCUGCCUGC